AUGAUUCUACAACGCUUAGCCGCCCUUAAUGAGGUGGAGAAUAAUGAAGUACCCAAGAAUGACUCCCGUAGGAUUGACAACGACGCUGAGCUUAGUCAAAUAGGGGGUCAACAGAGAAGCCAUCACCAUCGGUCUCUUGAACGGAAUAAUACCAGGCUCCGUGCAGUACCUCUGAUGCAAGAUCUGAGAACUAGGGUCAAAGACGUCAUGCAAGCAAUGAAAGGGAAGGGCCAGGCCACAGUGAACGAUCUGAAGGGAAAGCCUCUCCGUGGUUACAUAAGUCGUUUUAACGCUGAUAUGCUGCAAGUAGAAGAGGUGGACGACAAGGUUGCCCUCACAGCCUUUAUGGGAGGACUACAGACUUCUAAGUUCCUAUUUUCCUUAUCAAAAGAAGCCCCUACAAGCAUGACAGAGUUGAUGGUUAGAGCAUGGAAGCACAUGAACGCUGAGGAUGCUAUGAAUGCACGAAAAAACAAAGAUGGUGAAGAUAAGAGGUCGGAGAAGAAGAGGCCAGCACCUAACACUAGGGAGGAAAAGGAAUCGAAGUACAAGAAAUUCUCAAACAACCAGGCUGACAGAUCGUCUCGCCGCCCAAUUCAAGAUGACGCAUCAUUGAAAUGGCCGCCAAAGCUAAAAGCUGAUCCAAUAAAGAGGUCUCUAGGUAAAUACUGUAGGUUUCACCGGGACCAUGGACAUAACACAGAAGAUUGUUUCGACCUCAAAAACCAGAUCGAGAACCUUGCUCGUAAAGGUCAUUUACGCAAAUUCACAACUGGAAAUGGAAAAGGAGGCUCCAACCCAGCCCGGGAGGGCCGAGAUGAUCGCCCUCCUCAACACCAACCAAUGGGUGAGAUCAAAGUUAUAUCGGGUGGCUUCGCUGGUGGUGGUGAGACGAGUUCGGCUCGGAGGGCUCAUGCUAAGAGUAUUCGAAGUUUUUCAGAGGUGAAUGAAGUUAGAAUGACAAGUCCUCUAACAAAAUUACCUCAAGUUGAGGAGCCGGUCAUAACCUUUUCUGAAGUAGAUGACAAGGGAAUUCACCAGCCCCAUGAUGACCCCCUGGGCAUACGAGAAAUUGAAAAUUGGCCGAGAGAAGCUCCGACCCAUGAAAUCACCACUGGUGGGAUUUUCAGGCGAUAA